AUGGCGAUCAAACCGCGAUGGGACGCGAUCGACGCCGACACCGAACGCGCGGUCGACGCCAGGCGCGACGCCGACGACGAGGCGCUGAGUAAAACGACCGAGACGCUGCGAUCGACGAAGAUCGCAGCCGCGAACGGCGGCUCGAGCGACGCCUCGGAUUUACCGGCGAAUGAAAAGCUCGGACCGGACGAGGAGGGCGUGAUGACGUCCAUCACGUAUCAGAUCAACGACGCCGGGGUGCGGACGAAGACGGUGAAGCGGUACAAGGAGCACGAGGUGGUGAAAAAGGUGACGCCAGGGAUGCUCGAGAGGAAAACCUGGGAAAAAUUUGGAGACGCCAAGCGGUACAAACCCGGAGAUGAGAGCAUGACGGCGGUGUCGCUGGAAGAGAUAUUCUUGGAGAAGACGCGGGUGCAGCCGAAGAGUGAGCUGGAGAAGGCGAGCGAUCCGUUGGCGGCGAUGGCGAGCGCGCAGACGUCGCUGUUGGUGUGCCGCACGUGCGGGAAGAAGGGCGAUCACUGGACUUCGAAGUGUCCGUAUAAGGAUUUAGCGAACGAUGGGAGCAAGCCGCCCGAUGAAGACGGGGCGUUUGGGGCGAGAAAGCCCGGGGGAUACGUGCCGCCGAGCAUGCGCGCGGGCGCCACGGGCACGGGGGCGUCGAUGGACCGUCGGCGGGACGAAAACUCCAUUCGCGUCUCCAACUUGUCGGAGGAUACGCGCGAGCAAGACUUGCAAGAACUGUUCCGACCGUUCGGGCCAGUUACGAGAAUUUACGUCGCUAUCAACCGCGACACCGGGGAGGCGCGUGGGUUCGCGUUUGUUAACAUGGUUAACCGCGAAGACGGACAGCGCGCGAUCGAUAAGCUCGACGGUUACGGUUACGAUAACCUCAUUCUUCGUGUCGAGUGGGCCGCACCGCGCGAGGAGCGUCGAUAG